AUGAAUUGGUUGGAUUUUUUUUGUGUUGCAUGUGUCCAUUCUCCAAUCAAAUGUUUGAAUAGGCAUAAAGCCAAGUAUUUUAUUGCGGAAACAGAUAUAUGUACACAUAUGCCACAAUUUUCUGAAUACGUUAAGCAUUUCGUCGCCUCAAUGCAGAACUAUUGUAAGUCCAAAUUUUGA